GGCGAGCUCGCGUCCUGCAGAGACCGCGGACAGUGCCACGUCGAAAUGGAUGAAGAUGAUCUCGUCCACGUUCCUCGGCGAGGGAACCAGCUCUUCCCUCUUCGGCCGACGAUCAUCCGGGACAACAGGAGGUAACGGUACCGGCGUUUCACAGGAAUCACUCGGUCGCUGGGCCAAGCUACGUGCCGAGAACGGCCUGGAUCCAACGCCAGAGCUCAAGAUCGCGCUUGUCGGAGGGUCCGCGGUGGGAAAAACGAGCAUCGUGCGACGUUGGCUCCAACGCUCGUACCCGACAACAUACUCACCUACCGUUGGAGUGGAGGUGAACACAAUGGCAUACAAGCAUCGCGGCCAGGAGCUGUUGUUGCAGCUAUGGGAUGUCUCCAGUGCCGAGGUGGACGUCAGUGCGUCAUCGCUGCACUCGCUACUUUGCGAGGAUCUGGACGGCAUCUUCUUCGUGUUCAACGUGCACCGUGUGAGCUCCAUCGCAGCCAUCGACAAGUGGCGUCACUGUCUGUCCAAAUAUUUUUCCCCUAAGGAGACACCAUGCUUCCUCAUCUCGCACAAAGCUGACUUACUCCAAAAGCGCGUCAUGACCAGCGACGACAUUGCUGCGUACGCAAGAGCAGCAGGCUACAAAGGCUGGAUGUGGACGGUAGGCAAGGCGAACUUCGGCGAGAACGAGAAGAAUCCUCCUGUGCGAGAGGCGCUGGAGCGGAUGGUGGAGUUUAUCUGCAGAGAUCGCAUUGCGACCGAGCACAUUCAGCUUUCACGUUUAGCAAGGCCAUUGGGUAUUCUGGAGACGUCUGGUAACCCUGCGCCACUGGAAAUCAUUCAGACUGACGAUGCGCUGCAUCAUUUCUCGACGUCUCUACUGCGAAUCCCCACGAAAGCCAUCACAACACUUCCACGUGAUGAGAACAUGAUGCCAAUCAACGAGGAGCUCACUCGGGAAGACAACGAGGAGAAGAAACAAGACGAACAAGUCUCUGCUGCAUUGCGCACUGGAAAGCGAUCUGCGUAUGGAGGUAGCUGGAUUCUGGGCAACGACAAAGGAGUAUAUCUACGCGCGACCAAUAGCAGUCUCCUUGGAAACGACGAGACCGACGAUGACGCGGAGUCAGUGGAGGAAUUCCAGUUCCCGUUCUCUAGUGCUCGACAGCUCCACGAAGAGGAGGAUGCGGCCGCUGCAGCUGAGUCUCGAAGACGUGAGAAGGAGGAAGAAGACCUCGAACGACGCAGGGAAGAAGAAAAGGCCGAGCGAGAUCGACGCAACGACCAGGAGGCGUGGCAUUUCUUCGCUGGCAGCAUCAGUCGAGCCCACGCUGAAGCGCUCCUCGAAAAUCGAGAGCAAGGCACGUUUUUACUUCGUCGGAAAGAUGCCCAGACGCUGGUUUUGUCAUAUUUGGGUCCAGAUCAUGUGCACCACGUGUUGAUUGAGUUCUCCAAUCGGAGAUACCACAUCGGCUCGUCCAAGGCUUCUCAGGCGACGUCGUUUACUACACUAUGGAAAUGUCUGCGAAGUGUGCGACGUUAUGCUUAUCGUGGCCUGGUUUUUAGUCGCAACAUGGAUUUCAGUGUCGUGAACAAGCAGCAGUUGGUGGUGGAGGACGGUAGCAUCGCAUCGGGAAGCGCCACGGACGCCACGACGCCAACUGCCGCACCGACGACGCCAAGCAUUUGGCGCACACGAACUCGAAGCGGAUCGAACAGCUCGUCGGGCGACCGCAGCAAUAGCAGUCGGCACGCAUCUCCCACCACUGCACCUUGGAGAGCGCGUCACACUUCAGGACUGCAAGCCAACCAGGAGCAAGUGAGAAUUCCACCCCAGACCCGCAUUGACGAGCUGAGUGUUGAAUUCUACGAGCAUUUGGCUCAGAGACUGUCGUAUUUGGCAGCACAACAGAAGACAGAGACGCCUGAAGGAGGUGAAUUGUGGCACAGGAGAAGAGCGAGCAGCGCCAGGUGCGCGGAAAUAACGCCGAGACUCAGUGGCGCCAGCUUGUUAAGAACAUGGAGGCCUGGAAUCGCAUCGUUAUGA